AUGGAGCACCUAUUCCUAUCUUUCAUCCGUAUCAUACUUAACCUCGGCGAGCCUGCUAGGCUGCUCGCGACUUUUCAAGAAUUCGAAAGCAACCCGUCUGCCAUUAGUGUAGAGGACCGCGUUCGGUUUCUCGACUUUCCUGACUUCUCAACUCAAGAGGCAAACAUUUCCGCUGGACGACUUAGCUUUCCGGAAGAAGAUAUCCGUUUCGAUUAUUUCGAUAAUCUAACGCUAGUUUCUGAUGAACACUACUCCGAAAUACUCGAGCGACUCGAGACAUCUAGAAGUUCUUUCUACGCCGAAUUCGAAGCGGAUGCAUUUAAAACCUUAGAGGCGGAGGUUUCCCGAUAA